AUGACCAAAGCUGUAUUCACUCUUUUAUAUACAGCCAGCUAUCUUCCCGGAGCUUUAGUCCUUGGCUCAAGCUUAAAAAAAUUAAUCGAUCAAAAUGGUCAAGAUAUUGAUAUUGGGAUCUUAAUUGAUAAACUGAAGUUCUCCAAUCAUCAACUUUCAUUAUUAAAUCAAUUUUAUAAUGUUUUAAUCGAUGUUAAUCCUUUAAAAUCAACCAUUACUGAUAAAUUAAUUCAUGAUUUGGGUAGACCGGAAUUAGAUAAAACUUUCACCAAAAUUAAUCUUUGGUCAUUAAUUGAUUAUGAAACAGUAUUAUAUUUGGAUUCAGAUACGUUACCUGUCUUGCCAACUAGUUCAAAUCAAGGUUCAGUUAUUGAUUUAUUAUCAUUAGAUUUUCCAAAAUUUAAAAUUUUAGCCGCUCCUGAUAGUGGAUUCCCGGAUAUUUUUAAUUCAGGUGUAUUUGUUUUAAAACCAAAUUUAAAUGAUUAUACAAUCUUAGAUAAUUUAGUUAGAGAAUCAAUUACAAAUCCCAAUGUUUCAUUUGAUGGGGCUGAUCAAGGGUUAUUAAAUCAAUAUUUUAAUACUCAACCUGAUUGGGUUAGAGCAUUAUUAUCUCAAGAUAAUACUAAUGUUAAUGAUGCUUUCAAUACUACCAAUUGGAUUAAAAUCCCUUUCUUAUAUAAUGUUACUCCAUCAUCUCAAUAUGAAUAUUUACCAGCAUUUAAACAUUUCACCACUAUAACUCCCAAUUUCCCUCCUACUGGUCCUUCAGAAUAUCCUAUUAAUCUUCAUGGUGGUGAGAAUGAUGAAGAAAAUGAUCAAAUUCUUCAAUCUACUUUGAAAACUUUAUCAAGGUAUCAAUCAUCUGCUUUUACUUAUAUUCAAUCAUCAGGUCCUUCUCAAGUUAAAUUGAUUCAUUUCAUUGGUCCUUUCAAACCUUGGAGACUGAGGUCAACUGCUACUGGUAUUCAUAGAGAUUGGUGGAAAGUUUGGAUCGAUACAUUUGGCCAAAAAUCAAUUGAUGAAAUUGUGAAUCUUGAUACUUUACCUUAUAUCUUUUCCAAUGAUGAUGACGUUGAAAUCGAACAGCAGGCUGUUCAACAAUCAACUGAUCAACAGAAUUUCGAACAAGAAUAUCAAGAACAUCAUCAUGAAGAACCAGCUCCUUUCACUCCAGCUACAUUAUUAGAUCCAUCCAAUUAUCAACAAUAUGAAGAUAGUAUUGUCCCCAGUGCAGAUGCAUUAUGGGAUCCAUCAAAGGAACCACCCCCAACUUCAGAACCAAUUAGUAAUCCAGUUAAUUUAGAACAAGGUUUAAGAUCAUUCACAAAUCAAUGGGAUGAACCUCAACAAUGGAACCCACCACCACCAGAACAUCAUUACGAACCAGAACCAGCUUAUGAAGAACCUGUACCUGCAUAUGUCCCACCACCUCCAGCACCAGAACCAGAACAUGUUCAUCAACCUCCUGCUGCUACAUUCCCAUUCACUCAUUAUGUUGAACCCGAAAGAGUAUUUGAUUCAAGUUCUGAUUAUUUCCCUAGUCAUAGAUUACAACCGGUUGAAAAGAUUGAUAUUUAUCAAGAAGAAGCGAUUAAUUCUCAAUCAUCAGUACUUGGAGAUAAAGUUACUGAUUUCAAUGAUAUCAAUGAAAGAUUAGCUCAUAUUGGUAUUAUUGAAGAUAAGGCAGGAUUUGAUGAUAUUUAUGAUGAAAAUGAAACCACGAGAGAUGAACCGGAUGAUGGAAAUGAUACGGCCCGUCCUCAUAUUCAUGUUUAUGAUAGAAGUGAUGUUCCAAAAUUAUUCCCAUGGGAAUUUAAACAAAAUGAUCAAGGUACAGAAAGAGUCUUUGAUUAG